UGGUGUUGUGUGCUGUAGAAUGAACACAAAUUUUAUUUCCUGCAGUUUGUAUGUUUAAUUAUGCUGUUCAAUAUUUUGUGAAUCAUGUUCAUGUUGUGAAAUGACACGAGGAUUCACUAAUUCUUCAUCAUUUCCUGGUUUGUAUAGUGUGACUUGCAUUCUUAGAUGGGCGACAUACAAUCAGAAGCCCACAUGCCCGCCCUCAUGCCCUCAAUGUAAACAUCCAUUCGAGUCUCUCAACGUUCACCGGUCACUUGAUGGCAGCAUCCAUGACUACAUGUUUGAGGAGAGUGUUUGCCUACUUCUUAGAGCCAGCUGGUUUACACCGCUGGCAGUGGAGGUUCAGGAAGAGGUUUAUGAUGAAUUUGAUGACCUUUACGAGUAUCAGUAUGAAUAUGAGUACGAGGACGAAGAAGAUGAUGAUUUAGAUGAAGGUUACUUUAUUAGUUCAUCAAGUAUUCGAAUAGGUAACCGUAGGUGGGGAGAUAAUGGCUAUGUUAGGGCAGGGCGUAAAGAAGCAAGGCCAGUGAACCGAGAAAAUUUCCAGGACAAUGGUGCCGGUCCAUCACAUGGUUCUAAGAAGAAAGAGGCUGUGAAAGAUACAACAGGUAGACGUGCCAAAAGGGCGCUAAAACGGGAAGCAGCAGAUAAAGCAGCUGCCGCUAAACAUCAGCAGCACUUGGUGAGGUUGGGUCGCAAGUGAUCACUUCCCUGUAAAUAAGAUGAUGGAUGCUAUGCGAGCAACCUUCCCAGUAAUUCAACAUCUCAUUGUACAGGAUAGUUUCUUCAAAUAAUUGACAUAGUAGAUGGUUUUAGGACCUUGAUUUCAAGCUGUAGCUGGGGAAUUCAAGUGAAU